CUUUUUUAUUAAAUGUCGUCGAUGACUGCCACCUAGCGACUGCAGCCUGAGUUUGAGGGAAUGACUGAGGUGAGCAAAGGUGCAGUAGCCUGUGGGGGACACCUGCCAGUCACCGGUGUGUCUGUGGCUCACACUUCACCAGACUGACAGACAACACAGACGGAGGACCUGCAGUUCCUGUUUCUCCUGACAUUCUGAAGCAGUUGAGAGAAGACCGGGAGCUGAUGUAAAUACAACGAUGUCUAAGUGGUUGGAUGAUGAUGAAGUGCUGGUGGGUCAAGGCAGUGGCGAGGCCUCAUCGAUGAGUCCCAGACUUUUCAGCCUGCCUCCUGGAAGCCCCAGGCCGAGUCGCAGCCACAGUUCACUGAGUUCAUUCAAAGACUCAGUGUCAAGAAGUCCACCAGGGGUGACAAUGGGCAAAGCCAGGGAACUCUUUCUGCUGUGUGACAAAGAGGGGAAAGGCUUCAUCACAAAGCGAGAUAUGCAGAGGCUACAGAUGGAGCUGCCGCUGUCCCCGGAACAGCUGGAGGCCGUGUUUGACAGUAUGGACAGAGAGAGCAACGGGUUUCUUACUCCUCUGGAGUUUAACACCGUGCUGGGUGAGUUGGUGGGACUUGAAGACUCUACAGAGCUGAGUCAGGAGGAGGCUGAGGAGGCCACAGACAAAGUGGAGUGGUCUCAGGACGCUGCUGCGGCUGGAUUUGUAGACCUACUGAUAGAGCUGGGGGCGGACAAACUCCUCGAAAAUCAACAGGACGUCUGCUCUCUUUGGUGUGAGCUCCAAAGAGACAGACCAGAGCUGUUGAGUGUCCUGGAGGGGGUCCUGGUCCACACAGUGUCCCGUUUACAGGAUGCCAUCAGAGAGAGAGACAGUCUGGAACAGGCUUUGUGCAGGCGAGAGAAUGAACACGAUCAGGUGGUCCGUUCUAUAUAUGAAGACAUGGAGAGUCAACUCAGAGAGGAGAAACAGAAACAGCAUGCCCAAGACAGCAUCAGAAAAAUGCAGCGAGGACAAAAACUAGAAGAGGAACUCAAGCUGCGAGAGCAAGAGCUGGAGACGACACUGUCCAAACAGAAGGAGCUGGAGACCAGGAUCCGGCAGCUGACCUGUGAACAGGCCAACUUUAGGAAACAGAACCAGCAGCUCCGCAGCAUCAACAUGCAGCUCCAGGAGCAGGUGGAGAACAGCAGGCAGCAGCUGCAGACUGCUCUCAGUCAGCUGAGUCUGCUGCAGCUCAACGCCGCACAGGAACAGAUGACCAGACAGAGAAAUGUGACGAGGGUUUCCAAGAACAUACAAAAAGAGAAGGAGAGCCUCUUAAGACAACUGGAGCUGCUGAGGGACAUGAAUAAAAAGCUGCGAGAUGAGAAGGACGCCCAGCAGACUCAGAAGAGGAGUCCAAAUGUCACAAAGACUUUGCAGAAGAAAGGGUCAAUCAUAGGUAACUACUUACAGCAGGAGAAGCCGCUGAAGAGACAGCUGAGCUCAUCUGACGAGUUGGAGCAGGACACGGCGAUGACAAGUGCAUCUAAGAGACACCAGUCGUCCUGCAGCAGCAGGUGUGAGAACGUUGAGCAGAGUCAAAGCCAGAGCAGAAAUCAGCAAGUGUUCAAGGUGGUCUUCCUGGGUAACUCAGGUGUGGGGAAGAGCUCCUUCAUCCAUUACUACUGCACCGGGAGCUCCUUAAGUAAAUCUAGUGCUACUGUGGGUAUAGAUUUUCAGAUGAAGACAUUAAGUCUGGGCUCCACCACCAUCACCCUGAAGCUGUGGGACACCGCAGGACAGGAGAGGUUUCGCAGCAUCACUGAGCAGUAUUACAGAAAGGCUGACGGGGUCCUGGCCAUGUAUGACGUAACUCACUCCACCUCCUUCACCGCAGUGAGAGGAUGGAUGGAGGCUGCAAAGGAGAAGAUGAAUGAAGGCACAGUGUUAAUGCUGCUGGGGAACAAGCUGGACCUGGCAGGCAAGAAAGGCAAAGAGGUGACGACGGAGGAGGGGGAGAGACUAGCACAGCAGCACCAAGCUUUAUUUUACGAGUGCAGUGCCAAGACAGGAAGUAACGUCGAGGAGCUGAUGACUCAACUGGCAGAGUAUGACAUAUUCCGACACACCACGUCACAGCAGUAGAUGCUGGUGGCCCAACAUGACCGACAAUGUGAAGAUGCCCUUCUACUGACGGAGGAAACAUCUAAAAAACGCUGCUGCUUGUAGGCAGGGGAGAAAAGACAGUUCUACUGAAACCGUUCCUCCGGUAACAUGAGCCUUUAUUUCCUUUUCCAUUUCGUGAACACAUCUUCCUAAGAGGUCUGUAAGGUUCACAAAUGAACUCCUAAAAACAAUUCCUUAAAUAAAGUGUUUAUUUUGUGGA